GCAAAACAACAGCGUUCAGUACACUUCGGCUAAGAAAUAAAUAACAAAAACUAUGACUUCUCCGCUAGAAAAUCUGGAAAACCACUUGGAAAUGUUCAUCGAAAACGUUCGCCAGAUCCGGAUCAUCGUCAGUGACUUUCAGCCGCAGGGUCAGAAUGUGCUAAAUCAGAAAAUACAAUCUUUGGUAACCGGACUGCAGGAGAUCGAUAAGCUAAAGAAUCAGGUGGACGUGAAUGUACCGCUGGAGGUGUUCGACUACAUCGACCAAGGUCGGAAUCCGCAGCUCUACACCAAGGAUUGUAUCGACAAGGCGCUGACGAAGAACGAGGAAGUCAAAGGAAAGAUAGAUUCCUAUCGAAAAUUCAAAAGUAACCUGUUGAAAGAACUUGGCGAAAUGUUCCCCGGUGAAAUCGGCAAAUAUAAGGCCAUCCGGGGGGACGAGUAGAGUGUGCACUGGGGGUUCAAAAGAAAUGGAAGGGUAUGGAAUCAUUUAAGAAUAUAAGAAUAUCGUUUUUAUUGUAAUGCAAUCGAAAAAUACAUUCAUAAUAUCAUCGUAAGCUGUAUUCAAUAA